AUGGAAGGCAGCGCUAGCGGAUGGCCCGAGGACCCGGCGUCGUAUCUCAGCACCGUCAGCGUCUCUAACGGGAAUUCCACCGUCGGCCAAAUAUUCGAGGUGGCCGUGCAGCAGAACGCCACGUCCAAGCGCAGCCCGCAGUUUGUGGGAGUGGAGCUGCUUCAGUCUUUCAAACCUCUGAUUAUUCCCUGUUACGCUCUGGUGGUGCUUGUCGGGGUCUUCGGCAACUACCUGCUGCUCUAUGUCAUCUGCCACACCCGCAAGAUGCACAACGUCACCAACUUCUUCAUCGGGAACCUGGCCUUCUCCGACAUGUUGAUGUGCGCCACGUGCGUACCCUUCACCCUCGCCUACGCCUUCAACCCCCGAGGCUGGGUGUUCGGACGCUUCAUGUGUUACCUGGUGUUCCUCAUCCAACCCGUCACGGUCUACGUGUCUGUCUUCACUCUGACGGCCAUCGGAGUUGACAGAUACUAUGCCACCGUGCAUCCUCUGAAGAAACGCAUUUCCGUCAUGGCCUGUACCUACCUUCUCUCUGGGAUCUGGCUCCUCUCCUGCGGGCUGGUGGCUCCGGCAGUGGCCCACACCUAUCACGUAGAGUUCAAAGAUGAGGGGUUCAUCAUCUGCGAGGAGUUCUGGAUGGGCCAGGAGAGGGAGAGGUUGGCUUACGCCUACAGCACGCUCUUCAUCACUUACGUCCUACCUCUCUCCGCCCUCUGCAUCUCCUACCUGUGUAUCUCCGUGAAACUGAGGAACUGUGUGGUGCCGGGCCAUCGGACCCAGAGCCAGGCCGACGCCCAGCGGGCCCGUAAGAGAAAGACGUUUCGGUUGGUCACGCUGGUGGUGGCGGCGUUCGGGGUGUGCUGGCUUCCCAUCAGCGUGUUCAACGUGUUGCGGGACAUCGACAUCGACCUGAUCGACAAGCGUUACUUUCUGCUCAUCCAGCUUCUGUGCCACCUCUGCGCCAUGAGCUCGUCCUGCUGCAACCCCUUCCUUUACGCCUGGCUCCACGACCGCUUCCGCGCCGAGCUGCGCAAGAUGUUCACCUGCCACCGUCGGAUCGGCAUCCCCACCAACAACUGCGCCACGGCCAGCGUGGUGCUCUGA